GAAGACAGGAAGUUGUUCAUCGGCAUGGUUUCGAAGAAGUGCAACGAGAACGACAUCCGGGUCAUGUUCUCGGCGUUCGGACAGAUCGAAGAGUGUCGGAUCCUGCGAGGACCCGACGGACUCAGCAGAGGAUGUGCGUUUGUCACGUUUUCCACCAGAGCGAUGGCACAGAACGCGAUCAAAGCCAUGCAUCAGUCUCAGACGAUGGAGGGAUGCUCGUCUCCCAUCGUGGUGAAGUUCGCCGACACACAGAAGGACAAGGAGCAGCGGCGUCUGCAGCAGCAGCUGGCGCAGCAGAUGCAGCAGCUCAACAGCGCCACCACCUGGGGGAGCCUGACCGGCCUGGGCGGCCUGACCCCACAGUAUCUGGCUGUAAGGAGCGCCGCCACGCCGCCCACCAUCACCACCUCCUCCUCCUCCGCCCCUUACUACAGCCCAGUGGCCAACGCCGCCGCCGCACUGCUCCAGCAGGCGACCUCCUCCGGAAACCUGGGAGCCUUCAGCGGGAUCCAGCAGAUGGCCGGUAUGAGCGCUCUGCAGUUGCAGAAUCUGGCCACUUUAGCGGCGGCGGCGGCGGCGGCCCAAAACUCAGCCAGCCCCUCCACCGCAAACCCCCUGUCCUCCAGCGCCGCGUCCCUGGGAGCGUUGGCCAGCCCAGUAGCAGGCACCACGGGCAGCUCUAACGCCGGCGCCAUGAACUCUCUGACCUCUCUGGGCACCCUGCAGGGCCUGGCCGGCGCCACCGUGGGCCUGAACAACAUUAAUGCACUAGCAGGUAGCGUCAACAGUAUGGCGGCUCUAAACGGAGGCCUGGGCGGCGCCGGGCUGACCAACGGCACGGCGGGCACCAUGGACGCUCUGACGCAGGCUUACUCAGGGAUCCAGCAGUACGCCGCCGCAGCGCUGCCCACCCUCUACAGCCAGUCACUGCUGCAGCAGCAGGGGGCUGCAGGCAGCCAGAAAGAGGGUCCUGAAGGUGCCAACCUGUUCAUCUACCACCUGCCGCAGGAGUUCGGAGACCAGGACAUCCUGCAGAUGUUCAUGCCUUUCGGGAACGUGGUCUCCGCCAAAGUCUUCAUCGACAAACAGACAAACCUUAGCAAGUGCUUCGGCUUCGUCAGCUACGAUAAUCCCGUGUCGGCGCAGGCAGCCAUCCAGGCCAUGAACGGCUUCCAGAUCGGGAUGAAGCGGCUGAAGGUUCAGCUCAAACGCUCCAAGAACGACAGCAAACCGUACUGAUGUUAGCGUUAGCGUCUUUCUGCUGCACACGUUAGCUCUGCUAGG